GUAAACGAGCAUGACUUCUCCCUUGCUAGGACUUCCAUUGGAAAGCGUCUUUCCAGCUCUUUCCCGUCACACUUCCAUCCAUCCGAGAGCAGAACCCAGAAAUCCCAAGCUGCAGAAGACGGAGAAGAGGAACAUGGAUCGGCUCGCCAAUGCCUUUUCGAUUCUGGAGCUCGACGUCGACGGCGACCAAUCAAAGGACGAUGCCGCUGCCUCUGUGUCCCUAUCCACCAAGAACUCAGGAAAUGGCAAGAAGAAGGUAGAGGGUGAGAAUCAGCAAGAGAGGGUAAACCCUUCUGGGGAGUACAAAAUGCCCCUUGUCUGGAUUGAAUUGGAGAUGACUGGUCUGGAUGUUGAAGUUGAUAGAAUAAUCGAGAUUGCUUGUAUCAUUACCGAUGGAAAGAUGAUGAAAUUAAUAGAGGGUCCUGAGUUAGUCAUCCAUCAGAGUAGAGAGUGUCUGGAUCGGAUGAAUGAAUGGUGUCAGACUCAUCAUGGUGAUAGUGGUUUGACAGAGAGAGUGAUCCAUAGUAAGAUUACUGAAAGAGAAGCUGAAUUGCAGGUUCUAGAAUUCGUUAAGAAACAUGUUGGUACAUAUACGCCACAGAUAGCAGGCAACUCUGUCUAUAUGGAUUUGCUAUUUCUAAGGAAGUAUAUGCCAGAACUGGCCAGCCUCUUCUCUCAUGUUAUUGUUGAUGUUAGCAGCGUUAGGUCUUUGUGCUAUCGGUGGUAUCCCAAAGAACAUGAGAAAACCCCUGCCAAGGGGAAUAAACACAGAGCCCUAGAUGAUAUCAGAGAAAGCAUCAAUGAACUCAAGUACUACAAACAGGCCAUAUUCAAAGGCAAGUCCAAGUGAUGUAAGGAUUAUGGGAGAGGUGUGAGUUAUGCAUAAACUAUCAUCCUCCCUUUCUGCUGAUCAAUGGUGAAGAAAUGCAGACAAGUCAUGUGCAGUUUCGCUCGAAGUGGUUUCUCGAAUCUUGACAAUGGAUAUAGUCUGCAAACUGUCAAGUUAACGUUGGCCUGGAACUUGUAUUCAUUGCCUCAACUUUAGUUGCUGUAGAACAGUAGAAGUGUACAUCCAAAUUUAGAUGCAACAGUGAUCAAUUUGAUUUAAUGUGAAACAGCUUUACGAAUUAUGCCAUUAUGCUUUGAUUUGGUUUACAGUUUACACUUUUCUCUCUCUUUAAAAGAGAAUCCAUUAAUUCAAAAAUAAAAUAAAAUUCAAUCUGAUUCAACCCAAGUAUCAAUUUAAUUUAAUGUGAAACAAAGGCUGUGUGAAUUCUGGAGUGGCGAAGGAUGUUGAAUUUGUCGCAUUUGGUUUCUUCUUAAGUUACUCUUACUGGGCACAUUUUGCGUGUAGAGGUACUACCCUCAGAGCAUUUCACAUGAACCUAUACUUCUUGCGCAUGAAUUUGUGCCAGCAAUCAUCAGUGGUGAAGUGCAAAAUCAAUGAUAUUAUUCUAUUUCGAGGCUUGUCAUUUGAACAAACACAUGACUAGUCAUGGAAUUAUCAUGCUGCUAGCCAUUUGAACAAAUUCCGUGUCGUCUGGCCCUAUAUAUGUGUCAAACAUUGUGUUGCUUGCCCUAUCCACCACUAAGAAAUUUUGUGUUAGAAGAAUUGUAGGAGGGCUCAAACGAAAUAAACUUUUUUGCAUGUUUCUUUUGUCAAGCAACGAUGGUCUCAGUCAACUUUUUUGGCUCGUAGCUUGGUAAAAUUGACCGGACCAAUCGAAUUUUUUAGUAGACUCGACUAAAUCCAUCAAGGUUGUUCAAACAACACAUUAAUUUAGUUGCUUUGUACGGGCAAGACACUGUGUUGAGACCUCAUCAACACAUCUAAUGCGAUUGAUAUUGAUUUCACAACUGUGCUCCUUAUUAAGAAUUUUAUUUAGUUAGUAGCAUCAACCACAACAAGAAAUUGGAGGAAACUAAAAUAGCUUCCACGAGAGUCCAAUUCAAUUUUUGACUCCUUUCACUUAUGACUCUUAUGUGAGAGUUAAUUUGGAUUUGACAAUUGUGCUAAUCAUAAAAGAUUUAGACAUUAACAUCAAUAAAACAAGAAAUUGAAGAAGUAAGAGGGACUAGAGACGAGGGUUUUUGUGAUUUCAAAAGACUAGUUGAAAGAAAGCUUGAGACCCCGAUGAUUGAAGUCUGUUUAUGUUUUCUCCCUUGCAGUUUGUUUGCAGCUAAGAUAAGGGAGAGAGGAUGCUGAAGAAGACUGUUAAGAGGAAGCUGGACCUGGAUGGGAAAGACGGUGGUGGGGUCAACUUACACCGGGUGUACAAAUUCAAGAUCUUACUCCCAAAUGGGGUGACGGUUGGACUAAGAUUGAGUAACCCUGAACCUGAAAUGUCACUCCAGAAUUUCAUUCAGAAGUUGAGAGAGGAGUAUGUCAUUGUGAGGAGGCAAUCAGGGGAAGAAAACGAAACCGCUUUGAUGAGUGUAUUGAGGUGAAUUGGUGAAAUUUUAGUAUUGGGUCAAAUCAAAAGCUACAAUCAACAUGAGAGAUAAACAAAUCAAAGAUUUUCUU